CCCGCCGCGGGGCCGGUGCCGCCGGGGAGAGCCCUGAGGCGGCGGGGCCGGCGGGAAGCCCUGAGGGGGCCCAAACGUGCCCCGGGAAGCGCUGCCUCCCCCCGAGGAGAAGCCUCGGGGACUCCGCUGAGGGGGCGGUGGGAGCGUUGUCGGGUUGUUUCGCUCGUAGCGCGGUUACUAAAGGGUCCCCAGCCGGGAAAGACCCUCCCGCCCCUCAGCUCUUCCCCCCUCACCGCCGGGUGGCUGAAGCGAGCCGUCCGGACUACCCUGAUGAUUUUUUGGAGUUGAGGUAAUGGCUGAGGCUGGUCGGUUGGGAGACGGCUGGAGGCCCAGAGCAAUGUCUGGAAGUCGCGCGGUGCCCAUGAUCUGAACCCGCAGCCUCUGCCUCGGCUGGGAGCGGCGGGAUGGGGAACAGUGGCUCGGCCGUGAAGGUCUGCACAGAUCACCAAGGAGGCAUCAACUGGCUGAGCCUGAGCCCGGACGGGCAGCGCCUGCUGACGGGUAGCGAGGAUGGCACUGCAAGGCUCUGGAGCACUGCCGACAGCCAGUGCCACGGCCACUUCCAAGGACAUGAAAGUUACAUCACCUUUUGCCACUUAGAAAAUGAGGCUGCCUUCACCUGUAGCGCAGAUCAUACCAUUCGAAAGUGGGACGUGAUGACGGGUCAGUGCCUGGCCAUUUACCGAGGACACACAUCAAUUGUUAACAGGAUCCUGGUUGCCAAAGACUAUCUCUUUAGUGGCUCCUAUGACAGGACGGCCCGCUGUUGGAGUGUGGACAAGGAGAAACAAAUCCAGGAAUUCCGGGGCCAUCGGAACUGUGUCCUGACUCUAGCUCACUAUUCCUCCAGGGAUGUUCUUGAAGAAGAGGAGGAGGAAGAGGAAGAGGAGGAGAAAGUGAGCAGAGACCUCCUGGUGACAGGUAGCACAGACUGCACUGUUAAGGUCUGGUGGGUGUCCAGUGGGCGCUGUUACCAGACUCUGCUGGGACACACUGGGGCUGUCUUAUGCCUUAUACUUGACGCACCAAACAGGGAGCUGUUUUCUGGCAGCACGGAUUAUACCAUUCGAACGUGGAAUAUUGUCACUGGUGAGCAGCUGAAAGUGUUCAAAGAGCAUCAAGGAUCAGUAAUUUGCCUAGAGCUAGUGAAUCGGCAUUUGUAUUCGGGAAGCGCGGACAGGACAGUGAAGUGCUGGUUAGUAGACACUGGGGAGCGAAUCCAAACGUACAAGGCUCACAAACACAGCGUUAGCACUUUGAAAUACCACGCUGGGAUCUUGUUCACGGGGAGCGGCGAUGCCUGCGCGAGAGCUUUCAAUUCCAGGAGUGGUGUCCUGCAGAAGAUCUUCCGAGGACACAAGUUCAUCAUCAACUGCAUCCAGAUCCACAACGAGUUGCUCUACACGGCUUCCCACGACGGCACGCUGAGGAUUUGGGACAUCCGGGGGAUAUGCAAGAGAAACAAGCGGCGUUUGAAGAAGGAGAGGUCUGCCCAGGGCAGGAGCUCUCAGAAGGGAAGUCUCUCUCGUCUCUUCAACAACAAAGUCGGGUGUAUGGUACAGCAAGAAAACGGGGAACACGAGGCCGUUGAACUCAUGUGACUGCCCAGAAGAGGCUUUCCAGCAGUUACCAAAGCUGAACCUUUUGUUUUCUGCACCACUGUGUCCCUGUAAACCAGAACUUGGAAAGAGAUGGGAAAUGGCUUUGCUUGAAGCUCUUUUUGAGGAGCCAGGAUUCUCUGUGACUGUCAGAUGGACCCGAGGCAGAUCUUGUCACCGCAGGUGCCUCUCAGCUGAGCAGUACUGGGGUUGGGAGGGACUGCGGUGGGCUUGGGGUGAGGUACCUCUUAUUUUCACUUCCCUCUGGCACAGAGAUACCGCACCCUCCUGCCUCUCUGGUAUCCAAUGAGAAAUGUUUUCUCCUGUUCCUGUUGCCUGCUCACGUGCCCCCUGUGCGGCAGAAUACCUGCAGCACCACCCCACCUUCCGUUGUCACAGCUGACCUUCAGGUCCUUUUUUUGCUGAUCAGCCCAACUGAGGCAGGAGGGUAAGGCUCAGCGGGAGGAGGUUAAGGCAGACUGGAUACCUCUCUGGGAAGUUGGGAGUAGUAGGACAGAGAUUAAUUUAACUAUUUUUUUUUUUAACAAAGUGUAAGCUAGAGAGCAAUCUAAACCUCAGACCUUUUGUACCAAGGUCAGCUGUUUGCUGAGGCACAGCAGUUGUCCUCCUCCCAGCAGCCUAGCGGGUUCUUUCCUUACCUUUUAUGAUCUCACGCUUCAGCACAGGAGCCAUCAAGGGCUUCAUGUGUGUCUUCUGUGUGCUUCCAGCUGCCUGCUUGCCCCCAGGACAGAGGCUCCUGAUGGGCUCCUGGGAAAGGGCUGGUUCACUGAGCACCAGGUCCAUGGUGGUGACUCCACCACCUCUCCGGGCAGCCUGGCCCAUGGCCCGACUGUCCCCAUGGGGAAAGGUUUUCCUCAUAUCCACUGGGAAUGUCAAAUUGUGUUUUUUUCAGGGGAGAGGAGAGAAAAAUGAGAAGAUUUAUCAGUUGGGCUGUGUCUGGCCAUGGUUUGUCAGGCUGUUAGUCCCAUGGGAGAGGCAGUCAAACUCCAGAGAAGUUCUCCCGAUCUUUUUCCAGGUUCAUCCCCCUCUGAUAACCACUGAGCCAUGAAUAAACAAGGGUUCUUAUAUUUUUCUAUUUGCAGAUAUAUCUCUUUGUAGAAGCAGUAUGAAACUAUCUAACCACAUGUUUUUAUGUCUUUAUUUAUUCUGUACUACAGCAAGAUAAAAAUGCUGUAUUUUUUUUUUUUUUUU